CACCACCACCACCACCACCACCACACCUCCCUCUCCGUCUCGGACCCUGCUCAUCCUUGAUGUCCGGCUAAGCUGGGCUGUUGCGCGAUUGUCAGAUAGCAUGGAAGACGGUAGCAACCCACCUCCUCCGCCGUCCACGGAAGCUGCUGCAGAGGGCGACAGCGUCGAGGAUCAGACGCUGUCGGGGCCCCCUACGCGCUUUGAAAUCGAGCUGGAUUUUGUUCAAUCACUGGCGAAUCCUCAUUACGUCAACUUCCUCGCGCAGAACGGAUAUCUGGAAGAUGAACGGUUCAUAAACUACCUCGACUACCUCGAAUACUGGCGCCAGCCCUCCUACGCCACCUACAUAGUAUACCCAAACUGCCUACACAUGCUCACCCUCCUAAAACAAGAACGAUUCAGACAAGACAUCAAGCACAUGGACAUGGCGCAAAUGCUCAUGGACGACAUGUUUGCCAAAUGGCUCGGCAUGGGCCGCUACAAACCCCCAGAAACACCGACCCCGCCAGAACUUGUUGACCAGCAGAACGAGGGCGUGCGCGGUAACAAUAAUCUGAAUCAAGAGCAGGUUAAAGAUGCAGUGGACGCCGCCGCGGCGAAUGGGCAUGGGAACGGGGAGGCGAUGGAUGGGAUACAGACCAACACGGCCGUCAAAAUGGAGCAAUGAUGCACUGCUUCUUGUAUAUUAGUCUUGUGGUGUUUUCAUGUAUUGUACUGGUAUUUAGAAAAGUUCAGCCUUUUUACUAUAAUUAUAAUAA